CAUGGAUCUCUCAAACUGGGCGUUACCUCAACUUUCUCGCCUCCUCCCGCUUGAUGAGGAGUCACUGAAGCAGAUUAUAUCACAUACGGCCACCUUACCUAGGACUGAGGCCGCUGAGAAUCUGCAAGGCUUGCUUGGAGAUACGCCGCAAGCUCUAGAGUUCAUCACUGCAUUCAACAACCGACGUACGCCACCGCAGCCCUUAGCAUCUCAAAGCACUCAACCAGGCGCAUCACGAACAGAUAUAUCAGAAGUACCCAAGCCCAAGGCGAAGAAGAAGAAAACAAGUGGUUUGAACAAGCUGCCGCCUCCUCGCGUACCGGAAAACUACGGAAACACAUCGGGCGCGUAUGUCAAGAAAGACGAAGAAGACUAUGUCGCCAGCCACGCAAAGGUCCGCAAGCCAAAUAACGCAUUUGCACUACAAGAAAAGCCAGAUGCCGUCCAACUUCCGAUGACAAGACCGAAUGCUGCCCCGACUCCCAGGUUACCCCCUUCCGCGGCCGGCGCCUUGAUAGGGGACCUCAAACCUCCUCGCAACUCAUCACGAACUACCUCUCCGGCGCCUGGGAAGCAGCAACAGAAAGCCAAAGUCAACAUCACUGGCGGCCACUCCAUGCAUGGCGAUUCCUCCACAAUAGCAGAUCUAGACUCAGCUAUCCGCGCCCUUGAAAUCUCGACUAAUCCCACUCUUGCCUCCUCUCAAGACAACGUCCCUAAACGCCGGUGUAACUGCAUGGCCACGCGGCAUCCCCUACUCGCUGCUGCGCCUAAUUGCCUCAACUGCGGCAAGAUUAUCUGUGUGAAAGAGGGGCUUGGUCCUUGUACCUUCUGCAACCAGCCUCUGCUGAGCUCUGAAGAAACGCACGCAAUGCUCCGCAUGCUACGUGAAGACCUAGGAAAGGAGAAGAUGGCUGCGCACAAUGCCGGUCAGAAGCGCGCAGAGGUUGCCAGAGCGCCGCGUCCGUUCGCCACGCCGCCUUCAGUCACUCCAUUAUCGUCCGCGCCAGCGUCGGACUCGGAGUCCGAGAAACUCGCAAAAGCGAAGGAGCACCGCGAUAGAUUGCUAGGGUUCCAGGCGCAGAACGCGCGGCGGACGAGGGUUCACGACGAAGCGGCAGAUUUUGAGACGCCAGAUUCUGGAACGAGCGUGUGGGCUAGUCCGCAGGAGCGUGCUCUGCAGCUAAAGAAGCAGCAGAAGGUGCUGAGAGAGCAGGAGUGGCAUGCACGACCGGAGUAUGAGAAACGGAGGGCGGUUGUGUCGAUCGAUCUUGUGGGUGGUAAAAUUGUGAAGAGAAUGGCUAAGAUGGAUCGACCGCAAACUCCGGAAAGCGAGGCAGAGGACGAGGAUGAGGGAGUGGCUGAGCCGGUAGUUAGUGGUGGGAAAGGGGGCGCAUUCAGGCAGAACCCUUUGCUUGGCUCGCUGAUCCGGCCGGUUGCUCGGGUUGACGCCAAGGGGAAAGGAGUGGAGAGGGAGAAGAAACAGACGUGGCGGAGAGUUCAAGACGACAACAAUGACAAUGAGCAGUGGAUCUUGGACGGAGGAGUUUAUGGUGGCCGCUCUGAGGAUCUUCAACUAAGGGACGGUGGUGGCUGAAAAUAGACUGCUUUUUUGGUAAGCGCACUGAACGCUGUUCUCUCCACCACACUUUCCUGCUCCUUAUCCCGUGAUUGAGUUAAUAUUGGUGAAUCAAAAGCCUUGACUUCUGACGUGUCUCGGAGGUCACAUACGAAAAGAGCGUCCAAAUCGAGCACCGGGGGCAGGACAAAAGCUG